CUUCAUUCAACGUUGCUGCUUCUUUCAAACACACCUAGUUGAACUGUGCGGAUUCUAAACUGCAACAGGCCAUGUCUUUCUUUGGAUUCGACCCUUCGGCGCCUCCCGGCAGCCAACCCAAGUCGAAUAAGAACCUGGAAACCUUGGAUUUCAACGACCUGGAAGAGGAUGACGCUUUCAACGACGAGACCUUCGGUGCUGCUGCGCUCUCCAACAUGAAGGACGACUUUGAUUUUGCCCUGGGCGACAACUCGAAGUCGAAGAGCAGUUUGAAGCCUGCCCCUGCUCCUGCUGCUAAGGGCAUCUCGUACGCUACUGCCGCACACACCAGUGUCGACGAUGUUCUGCAACCUAUGGCAUCUCUCUGGGCCGACGAAAAGACAAGCGACAAAAAGAACCAAGAAGUCCCUCGUCAGAAUCAGGUUCUCUCCCUGGAGGAAAUCGAGGCAAAGUUGAAAAGCCAGUCCUUGCCUUCCCAGCCUCCGCUGUUGCCAACCAACAACGAUAUGAUGCAAAACCAGUUCCAAAUCCCUCCUUACAUCACUCAGGCAUUGUGUCAGCCUCAAAUCCAGCAGCAAAUCAUGGCUGCUGUGUCCUCAGGAAGAUUCCCUAACCUUCAAACUGCCACACAGGCAAUGGUACAAAUGAUAAUGUCUGCUCCUAAUCAGAUGAUGCAAGUCCCUCCCUCCAAUAUGCAGCCUCAAUUUGGCGUGCAGCAAAAUCAACAGAUGCAGGAGAUUCAGCAGCAAAUGUUGCGCAUGCAAAUGCAACAGCAGCAACAGCAGCAAAUGCAACAACAAAUGCACUUACAACAGCCUCAACCACCAACACCUCAACACCAGCAACAAGAACUACAACAAAAUCUUCAGCCUGCACCCCAGCAAAUUCAAGCACCUCAGCAGCCAACCCAUAUUGUGGCACCUGUGAUCUCUGCAGAGCAAUUGCCUCUGGCGAAGGUCAGCUUGAAUGAUUAUCCAUCCAUUGAGGUUGCAAGUGCAAAAAGUCAUGGGCAACACACCAACCACAAUGAAUCUGCGCCGCCAAACGUUGAACAGGAUCUAAAAAAGAGCCAAGAGUUCAAUCAAACUCAAUUGUUCAACCAACAGCGUUCUCGCCAGUUUCAAUACAAUAACGAUCAGAACCAUCAAAAUCAAAGGUACCAGCAUCAUCAAAACCAUCAUCAGAGACAGCAGCAAUUGCAGCAACAGCUGGAAAACAUGAGCCCUGAAGAACGUGAGAACUUCUUGGUAAGACAACAGAAGGUCCACAAAAUUACUAGAUGUUCUGGUUUCAUGACACCAAAGGAUAAAGAUUUUGUUACCAGAUUUCAACUAUCUCAAAUUGUGACUGAUGAUCCCUACAACGAAGAUUUUUACUACCAGGUUUACAAAGUUCUAAAUUCAUCUACUGGUGAAAACAACAUGAACUCUUUGGCUCAAAAAUACUUAGAACAGUCAGGCCACAGAUUAGGAGGUCGGUCGAAGAGGGCAGACAUUGCAUUGCAAAGAAUGCAACAACAAGUUUCGAAGGCUGUUUCUGUUGCCAAAGAGAGAGGUGAAAGCACUGGUAUUUUAACAAAAGAAGGUGCCUUGGGUAAAGUGUCAUUUGGUUCUGGGAAACAACCAAGAAGGCAAUUGAUCAUUCAUUCUCAAGAUAGUGAGAAUGGUAACGAUCAAGAGCCUACCACUUCAAGAGGUGCUGCAGAUGUUGUUUUACCAAAGGAGUACACAUUUUCUAAGUCGUCUAGAACUUUUCAACUCUCUAUCAUUGAAAAGAUUUACAAUGAGGUGUUAAAGCUGGAAUCAUUGGAGAGAGAAAAUCAACCAUACGAGACCACAGAGUUAUGGAAUUCUUUGCAUCUCAACGAUGUAAUCAAGACAUCUACCAACGAGGUUGUGAACCCAUUCAUCUCCAUCUUAUCAUUUGAUAAGAUGAUGAAGCUUUUUGGUAGAAUGUUCCAUUUCUUGACUGCAGACCAGAAAAUUGAAUUGCUGUCCCAACUUUUCCUAAACUUACAAAACAUUGAUGUUAUCAUGAAAGGCUCUUACAAAAACUACGAAAAUUCAAACUACGAGACUCCAGAUGAAAUCAUCAAAAAGAUCGACUUAUUCCAAAUGACAAUCUUGAAGUGCCUUGUUUUGUACUUGAGUGAAGCUAACUUCAGCUAUGUGCUAACUUGGCUCAACACUCUUGUUUCAAAUAAAAGUAUUUUGUUUUUGACUACAACCAAGAUAGGGUUAUCACUGAUCACUGUUCUAAUCUCCAGAUUAGAAUUGGUGAAACAAGAGUUCUCCAAGUCGCUAAAUGCACAAGAACUUUCCCAGUGGCAAUAUGUUUAUGACCAGUUGUUCCAGUGCUUGGAAGGAAGGCUCACGUCGUGCUUCCCGCCAUAUAUCUCUCACGAUGAAAAUAGAAAGGUCACAAACAAAGAAUCGAAAAGCGACGAUUCGUAUGUUUGGCAAUUCUUGGCAUCUCUUUCAUUGGCAGGUAUGUUGAACCAUCAAAGGAUCAUUAUCGACGAGAUCAGAAACGAGAUCUUUGGUAUAAUGGCGGUUGCCAAAGAACUGAAGAGCAGUGGUGACAUUGAAAGCGCAACCAGGUAUUUGGGCAAUUUGAACCUAUUUUUGAAUGUCAUGGGCUUAAUAGCUACCGAAGACGAUAUCACAGAAUUGAGUGAUUAGCUUACAUAAUUUCAUAAUUUCCUUUUACCGUAUAUAUUUAUCCUAAAAUACGAUAAUAUAACAUUUACUUGUAUGAUGAGA